AAGUUCAUCUUGAUAUCAGAACUAAUCUCAGAUUUUUAAGAGAUUUUAAUCCGUGUGAUUUAAUUUACAAACGAUAAAAUGUUUAAAUUGGUUAUUUCUCUGGCUAUUGUUGGGAUGGUUGCCGCUGAUGUGUCACAUCUUUUCCCACGUCCUGGUAAUACCCUUGUGGGUCCAUCAGCUCCAUCAGCAUCUUACGGAUCAAGAAGUUCUGGUGCUGAAGCAAAUGCUCAAAUUCUUCGCGCCGAAUCUGAUAUUCAACCUGAUGGCAGUUAUUCCUGGUCUUACGAAACAGAUAAUGGUAUUCAAGCACAAGAGCAAGCUCAGGUACAGCAGUUAGGACCGGAGCAAGUUGCAAAAACCGCACAGGGAUCAUUCGCGUGGACUUCUCCGGAAGGACAACCCAUCCAGAUCUCGUACAUUGCUGAUGAGAAUGGAUAUCAACCACAAGGUGAUUUGCCUACUCCACCACCAAUUCCGGCAGCUAUUCAAAGAGCGUUGGACUGGAUCGCAUCUCAUCCACCUCAGGAACAGCAGGCUAACCGACGAUUCUAAAUGAUUACUUUUUAAAUUAAGCCAAACAAAUGAUACAACAAAGUUGAUAAUAGAAUGUAAUAAAGUACCUACUUACUAAUAAAUAUGUAAAAAAUUGAAAAA